AUGAUCUGUAUGGCAAGAGCUAUAUUUCAUUCAACUAAAUUUAAUCGAACAUAUAUGAUAUUUAUUUCCAAAGAUGCACCCAUAGGUCAUAAACAAAUAAUUGAUACAUAUGAUUUAUCAUUUUGUUUUAUUUUUUCAAUGAAUACAACUUAUUCUCAUCAUCAUAAUUUACCAUUUGAAAUUUUAUUAAUACCAAAUCAAAAUUGUACAUUAUAUUUACAUGUUAUUCAUUUAUUAAAUCAUAAACAUACAUCAAUGUAUACAGUUAAACAAGUAUUAAUUUAUGAAAAUAUUUCAAACAUUAUUCAUUUAUCAAUUAAUAUCAUUGAUGUUAAUGAUCGUAUAUUACAAUUUGAAAAUAAACAUUAUCAUUUUAUUGUACAAGAAAAUAUUUUACCAGGAACAUUUAUUGGACAUGUACAAGUAUAUAAUGCUCAAAUUGUCUUUAAUGAUAAUAUAUUCUAUAUAUUAUUUGGUAAUGAUCUUAUACAAUCAAAUAAUCAAAUAAUGUUUCGGAUUGAUAAAGAUACAGGAGAUAUCUUUUUAUUUGAUUAUGAACUUGAUUAUGAAAUAAAACAAGAAUAUAAAAUUAUGGUUGAAGCAAAAGGUUACUAUGAAGAUUUUGAAACUGGUAUAUGGACAUCUAUAUCAUCAUUUGCAGAUAUUAUUAUUACUGUUGAAGAUAUAAAUGAUGAAAAACCACAGAUUAUUUUUUAUAUGCCAGAUGAAAAUAAAAAUGAGAAUAAUGAGAAAAUUAUGAGCAUUACAAAACCAAUGUUAAAUGAAGAGCAAAAUCACUUCAUAAAUUCAUUUCGUUCAACUAUAAACCUUAUUGAAAACGAUGCUGAAGUAAUUUGUUUAACUAAAGAAGAAUCUUUACCAAUCAAUACUCUUCUUGCAUUAUUUCAUUUGUAUGAUAAUGAUCAAAUAUCAAAUGGAAGUUUAUCGCUUAAUUUACAAACAUAUGUUCAAUGUUCACAAGAAGAAAUUUUGCUAAAUAAUAAAACAUUUUGUCAUUUAUCAAAUAUUUUUCAUUUAACUAUUGUACGUCUAAAUGUCUAUGGAUUAUAUAAUUCUCAAAUACUAGAUCGUGAAGAAUAUGAAGAUUAUAUAAUACAUUUAAUUGCAAAUGAUAAUGAUAAUCAAUCACUAGAAAUGAAUACAUUAUCGAAUUCAUUUCAAUCAGAAUUAUUUAUUUAUUUAAUACUUCUUGAUAUAAAUGAUAAUGUUCCUAUAUUUGAUCGAACUUAUUUUUAUAUUAAAAUUGAUGAAAACUUAUCGAGAAAAACAAUUAUAACUCGCUUACAAGCAUAUGAUAUUGAUAAAGAUAGAAAUGGAACCGUUCAUUAUGAACUUAUCGUUAAAAAUCAAAAAUAUUUUUCAAUUGAUAACUAUUCAGGAGUUUUACGUACUAAACGUAAACUUGAUAGAGAACAAUGUGAAUGGUAUCGUGUUGGUAUACGUGCAUAUGAUCUUGGUUAUCCAAUACGAAAAUAUUCAUCAAUAGUUAUAGUUGAUAUAGAAAUUAAUAAUAUAGAUGAUCAUGUACCUCAUUUUACACAUAAUAUCUAUCGUUUCAAUAUAGAAGAAAAUGCAUCGAUAGGAAAAAUAGUUGGUCGAGUGACUAUUGAAGAUAAAGAUGAACAAGAACCAAUGGAGCAAAUGAUUAAUUUAUCAACUAUCAAUGAUGGAGAUAUUGUAAAAUUUAAAUCGAGCAAAUCAAAUAAAAUAUCACGAACUAAUAAAUCAAUGAUUGAUUUUCUAUUUAUUGAUUCCUAUCGAAAUGAAUCUUUAUCUGGUUUAUUUUCCAUUGAUUCUCAAGGUUAUAUUCAUACAUUAGUUAUAUUUGAUCGUGAAAUUCAAUCAAAUUAUACUUUUUAUAUAUUUAUGUAUGAUAGAAUAUUAAAAUCUUAUACAUUUCCAACAUACAUAAUCAUUCAAAUACUUGAUGAAAAUGAUCAUAUACCAUAUGAACCAUUUCUUUCAAAUUCAUCGAUAUUAUCAAUUGAACAAACAAAUAAUGAUGAAAUAAUUCUAUAUAAAUUUCAACCUAUUGAUCUUGAUGAUGGUCUUAAUGGGUUUGUUUCAAUUGAAUGUCUUAAUUGUUUAUCAAUAUUUUAUUUUAAUAUUAUAAAUUCAUCAAUAUUAAUAACUCGACGUAAUAUAAAAAUACCCGAUGGAUUAUAUACAUUAAAUUUAAUGUUGCGUGAUCAUGGUUUAAUUAUAUCAUAUAAACGAUUUUAUACAUUAAAGAUUAAUCUAACUCAUUCUUUUAAUUCUAAAGCAGAAGAAAAAUUAUUUUCUAUGAAGUUUAUCUAUAAAUAUUUUUUAUUAAAAUUUUCUUGGCAAUAUUUUAUUAUAUUUCUAUUUAUUUGGUUUAUACUUGUUCUUAUGGCACUAUGGAAAUGUUAUUAUUAUGAUCGAAUAUUAAUUAAUAAAGAAAUUAAUCAACAUAAAAUAAUUAGUAAACGAAAUAAAAUUUUUAUUCCAUUCUAUCAAAUUGUAUCUAAAAAUCGAAAUGUAACAACAAAUGCAUCUUAUCAUGAAGAUAAUAAUGAUAUUUGGCAACCGAUGAAUUCUAAUAAACGAAUAUUAAAUGAAAAUACAAGCACUAUUUUGCAUAAUAAAAAUUAUUAUUUUGAACCAAUCGAUCGUGAUUUUUCAACGAAUCUAACAACAUCUCAAACAAAUCAUUCACAUUCAAUUCAACGACCUGUACCUAUUUCAAAUUAUCAAUUAAAUACAGUAAUGGAACGUUCACAACAAUAUCAACAAUCAUAUUCUUUACAAACAAAAACAAAUUCAACAAUGAAUAUUAAUCCAUCUAAUAUUGAUUUAACUAUUCGAUCAUAUGGAUUACCUCGUUCAAUAACAACAGAUCAAUUUUCAAAUAAUAAAAAUCCAAAAAAUAGAUCAUAUUAUUAUCCUAGUGUACAAGAUGUACUUGAUGCUUUAAAUCAAGAUUCUAAUUUUAAAGAAUCAUUUGUUUGA